AUGGAGAGUAUAGAACUUAGGACACCUGCUCCCGAAACAACACUCUGCUACCCACAGCAAUGGGAUGGCCAUGUGAUGGGUGGAAUAAAGUUAAUAAAUGAUGCGAAAUUUGCUUUGCGACUGUACUGUAUACAAGUGAGGCUUGAAGAUUUUGAGGAUGUUCUGGAUUAUAUCGCCGAGAAUGGCAACAUAGCCACCAAUAAGGCCUCGUUCGCGAAUUUUUCCAGCCUCUAUAAAAUGAAAGAAAUGGAUUGUUUGGUACGGGGAACGAACUUCUUACUACGAAAUAUCGAAGCAGAAUCGUUCACCUAUGACCAUCAUCAUGAGCAGUGUCGCUAUCAUUUUGAGACCAUUCGGCCCUCUGUUAUUUGUCCAUAUUUACUGGUAAAUGUGGGCACUGGUGUGUCUGUAUUUCGGGUGGACAGUGAUGACAAAUAUGAACGUGUUGGAGGAAGUUCAUUGGGUGGCGGAUGUUUCUUUGGACUGGGCAACCUCCUCACUGCUGAAGUAGAUUUGAAUGAAAUGAUGCGUAUGGCUGAGGAUGGCGACCAUCGACAAUUUGAUAUACUGGUUUCCGAUAUUUAUGGGGGAAAGUUUGCCAAUUUGGGCCUUAGUGGUGAUCUCAUAGCUGGGUCAUUUGGUAAAUGUGCUCAGAAAUCUCUUGCUGAUGAGCUCAAAAAGUGUCCAGAGUUCAAGAAAAAUGUUAUGCGAAGUCUUCUGCUUAUGAUCAGCAACAGCAUUGGACAGUUUGCAUUUAUGUAUGCUCAAAGAGAAAAAACGAAUCGCAUAUAUUUUGAUGGAUUUCUUGUGCGAAACCAUGCUAUUAUAAUGCGAACCAUUUCAUUUGCUGUUGCAUUCUGGAGUGAGGGAACGCAACAAGCUCAUUUUCUCCGACAUGAAGGAUACACUUCGGCUAUAGGGGCGUAUCUGAAUGGAGCAUCACUUGUGGAUCCUGAGGAGGCGGAAUUUGGAGCUGGAUGUGAGCAGCCACUAUAUAUACUAAAUAGUAUUGAUCGCAGUUACUACUGUGUUACCAGUACGUCCUAUAUUGUAGAUGAAGCGGAGCGUCUUUCAUGGCAUGAAUAUUACUCUGGUUGCUCAGAACUUGGAAGAUUCGUACCAACUGCCCCAUUGUCCAUGGGUUUUACGGCCGGUGUGCUCGAACUUGAAUGUGCGGAGAUAAUUCUCAGGCCGUUCCCCCUGUUAGCAGAAAACCUCCAGGUUUAUAAGCCUGAUGUCGCUGACUUGAACUUGGAUUGUGAAGCGAGAGAAUUCUGGUUACGUACAUUCGAAAAUAGUGUUGACAAUGUGAUGAAGAAGGCCGUUGAAUCGCAGGAGAAUUCUGAAUCGGCCGUUCAUCGAGUACAAGUCUUUCGAGAAAAGUUUCUUAAACAGUUAAUGGUUAUACGAGAAAAGCCGUUUGCUUACGGGAACUCAAAUGUUAGGAAUCUACUUGAUCUCAGGGAACAAUUACUCAAUGAACAAAACUUUGAUGAUUCGUAUCUCAGCCAAAAAACAUUGGAAAAUGCAGCUGCCCUCAAAGAACUGCCCUCUUUGUUGAAAUCGAUUGAUGAGGUUCAUGGCGAUGAUGAACGACUACUACGUGUUGCUUCAGGUCUCCUAGCUGGUAAUGUAUUCGAUUGGGGUGCUCAAAAGGUAAUCGAAAUGAUGGAAUCAUCGAAAGGUCUGUCAUUUUCCGCUGCCGUAUCGUCACUGCCUAGUAGACCAUGGCUAAUCGAUUCUUUUGAUGAAUUUCAAUCUUCCCUUAAUUCGAAGCCAUACAAUUGUGCUGCCAUAUUUGUUGACAAUAGUGGUGCAGACUUCAUUCUGGGCGUAAUCCCUUUUGCUCGGGAAUUGCUGAGACGCGGUUCUCGGGUCAUAAUUGUAUCAAAUUUAUCACCAGCGCUCAACGAUCUGACCUAUCCUGAGAUGAUGGAGAUGGUACCGCUUCUGAGGAAAGUGGAUGAAUCACUGAACGAAGCCAUCGCCAGUGGAAGGCUGACGUUUGAGCAUAGCGGACAGAGCUCUCCUUGUUUGGAUUUGAGGAGGGUCAACUCGGUCCUUAAUCGUCGAGUCCUUGAAGAACGUGUAGAUUUGAUCGUCAUCGAAGGCAUGGGACGUGCAUUACAUACGAAUCUUCAUGCACAGUUCAUUUGCGACUCUUUGAAGGUAGGUACCGUUUCAUUAUUGUAA